CAUUGCCCCUUAUGCAACAGUGUUUUUGUCUAAGCCUCCGGGAGGCAUAUGCCCCAGCAGUAGAGGUGUUCUGCUCUAGCUGUACUGUACGAUCGUCCUCAGUGUCUCUGCUCUACCUCUCUCUAUGGCUGUUCAGCUAGUUGUAGCUCUCCUGGCUCUAGCCUCUCUGAGUGCUGCAUCUGCACCGGACUGUAAAGAACUGGUCAAACCCCUGGUACUGGAGGACCAUACCGAGCUCUAUGGCAAAUGGGUGUAUGUGAUGGGGUCUGCGGAUCAUUUAUUCUUCCAAAAUGCUUUGGGGACUCUGAAAAGCUCCUGGAUAGACCUGUCGGCUACAUCGGACCAUAAAGUAGUCACCCUAAGAUGGGGAGACCGCAUUGAUGGCAAAUGCGUCGUGGGUACAACACAUGCUACCAUCUCCGGCACCACUUCCACAGUACACAUUCAUUUGUCUGAACACAAAGGCCAGUACCUGGAGACCUGCCCUGACUGCCUGCUUUGGUCAGACACAUCUCGUAAUGGAGAUGUCACUGGCAGAUACCUGCUCCUGUUCACAAGGACAGGGAAAAUGGAUCACACAUACCUGGACACCUAUAAGAAACAGGCAGAGUGUCUGAACUUCCCGGAGAAACACCAGACCUACGAUGGAAAAACAGAGCUGUGCCCUGAUGACAAGGAGGAGAAGAAGGUGGUGGAGGAGAAGGUGGUGGUGGAGGAGGAGAUUAUGGAGGAGGAGAUUAUGGAGGAGAAGCAGGCUACGGAGGAGACAAAGACUACAGUGGAGGAGAAGACUACAGAGGAGGAGAAGGCUACAGAGGAGGAGAAGGCUACGGAGGAGGAGAAGGCUACGGAGGAGGAGAAGACUACGGCGGAGGAGAAAGCUACAGAGGAGGAGAAGGCUACAGAGGAGGAGAAGACUACGGCGGCGGAGAAGGCUACAGAGGAGGAGAAGGCUACAGAGGAGGAGAAGACAACAAAGUGAAUACGAGAACCAGAUCCUCACCGUGUUGCCCAACAAAACCUCCCUUUAGUGGAACUUUGAUCCCAUAACCACUAACCAAAUACCACUUGUACUUCCAUGCACUUUAAAUCAUGUCUUACAUACUCAUGACAAGUUCUAUGUGCUGUAUUGUUAAAAAAUGCUAAAGUUUUUAUCAUGAACUGUUUGUCUUUUUACUGUUUAUUUGAUAACAGUUCAAGGUAUCUUAAAUAACAAAAUAUCACUGUUCAAACAAAGACAUUUAAAUAAACACAUUCAACCUUG